AUGCCUGCAUACUCCUUCGACUACAAGUCCUACAUGACAAACAACCUGCUAGGACAUGACCAGGAUAUUCACUACAAAAUGUCUAAAAAGAUCGCACAAUUGACAAAAGUGGUUUGCAUGUUGAACUCACGUGGUGAGGAUUCUGUUGAUCUACUUAAGAAGACUUCCAAGCAACACGAGGAUGAAAUUACCAGACUAAAAAGUUCCUAUGAAUUGAAACUAAAAGAUUUAGAGCUUAGACUUGAAGAGGAGAGAGGAUUCGGGGACACCAUAGCCUUCUUAGAAAAGAGUAUUAGUGAAAAAGAGUUGGAAAUCAUCAAUAUCCAAUCUAAAUGUAGUCAGUUAAUAAAUGAGCAUCAUUUAAAAGAAGAUAUGUUAAGAGUAAAAUAUAAUGAAGAAAUAAUCAAACUACAACAGACUAUUGCUGAGCAUAAAGAAAAAUAUGAAAAAAAAUUGAAUGCAACUCAAUGUCUUGCUGAACAGUGGAAAUCUCAUCAGUGUCCAAACGUUGAGCCAAUUCUUAACGAAAAAUUGCAACUGGAAUGUGAAUUUCAAAGAUUACAAGAGAAGUAUUUAUUAUUAGAAACGGAAGUAGAAGAUAGAAUCAAAGUUCUUACAGAUUCGUAUGAAUGUAAAAUUCAAGAAAUUAUCAAAAAUAUUAAAGAUGAAGAAAAUAGAAAAGAAAAUGAACUAUUAGAGAUCAAUAAAAAACUUUUACAAGACUUAAAAAACCAAAAACAUAUCUAUGAUCAAUCAAUCAUUAAAAAUAAUCAAGAAAAAAAUGAAUUAAGUAAUUUUAUAAAGCAUAAUACAGAAAUUAAUUUAAACAAUAUUUGGCAAGGUCGAUUAAAUCAAGAAAAAGAAGAGUUUCAAAUAGAAUUAUCAAAAUUACAUAAAUUAAAUGAAGAAAUCAAGUAUAAUUUAGAGAAUCAUAUUGAAAGUUCAAAAUUGAAAUAUGAUAAACUUAAUACAGAAUACAUAGAUUAUCAAAUGAAAACAAAAGUAGAACAUGAAAAAUUUCAUAGAAAAAUUAUUGAUUUACAAUUAAUUGAAGAGAAUUUAAAAAAAGAACUUAUUAUAAAAAAUAAUGAACAAGUGAAUUUAGAAAAAGAAAGGAAUAUGAAAUAUUUACAAUUGAAAAAAGAAUAUGAUGAAUGUUUGGAAAAAUUAAAGAUAACUGAAGCUCAAUUAGAAUCCAAAAACGAAAACCAGCUUGACAAACAAAACUUAAUUUUAAACUCCAAAUAUGAAGGUGUUCAACUGAAAUUGAAAGAAUCAAGAAAGUUAAUAAAAGUCUUAGAAAAUAAAUCACAACUGUUAAGAAAGCAACUUUCUUCUGAAAAAUCCAAUUUUAUUCAUUUAAAGGAGAACUUCAUAGUCAAAUUACGAAAUUUAAAAGAGGUAUUUAAAAGUUUUAUAUUGAAUAUCGAACAAAUGAAAAUGAAUUUAUCUCAUGUUACUAUACUUUUGAAAGAAGAAAUAAAAAUAAAAUAUGAAAAUUAUUAUCAAAAUUUAUUAAAUAAAAAAAUUAUUGAUUUACGUAAAACAUUAUACAAUGAAAUUGAACAGAAAAUAAAUAAGGAAAAAGAAUCUUCUAUUAGAAAUAUUACAAUAGUAAAACAAAAUGAAAUUGAACAACUUCAACAAGUAAAUAAGGAAUUAAAGUUGAAACUUACUAAAAAAAAUCAAGAAUAUGAAAAUGAAUUAGAAAAAAGUUCAAGAUUCACCGAUUUGGUUGCUGAACUUGAUCGUAAAUGGUCUGAAACUGUAGGUCGUGAAUGUGCACGUGUACGUAAUGAAACAAUGCAUCAGUUUGAAUCGCAGUAUAAAGCAAAAUUAGAAGAGAUCACAAAUAAUUAUGAAAAAACAAUCACAACUAUGAAUAAACAAUGGGAAAUGAAAAUAGAAAUGAAUAAAAUAGAUCAGUCUUGUAAUAAUAUUGAUCAAGUAAUAGAACAGAUAAAUAAAGAAAAAUCAAGUGAUCACAUCAAUCAGUUGUCAGAAAACAUAAGAAAAAAUAUUGAUCAAAGUGUUCAAACUGAUGAGGAAUUAGACCAAAAUGGGACAUGUUCUCGUAUCUGA